UGUUUAGCCUCUAGGCAAAUCAGUAAAGUGACCAAUAGUGACGACUGCAGUGAAAAAGGCCUGUAUGGCAACAGGCACUACACUACAACAAUCAGCGCUUUACGUCUGCUAAACAGUUAGCCAUUCAUUGCCCAUUGGAAAUGAGAAUUUAAACACUUCAAACAUUAAAACGACCAUCAGCGCCUCUAUGAGUCAAAUGUAGUCAGUGAGAGAACGAAGAUAAAUAAAAAAUAAGCUGACAGCUUUGGUUGAUGGAUUUUGAAAAACCAUCAAUUCAUUGUUUCAUGCAAAGUUAACAAUAACCAUAAAUAAAAAUGGACUUUCAAAAUCGUCCUGGAGGAAAAACCGGUGGAGGAGGUGUUGCCUCAUGGUCAGAAACUAACAGAGAUAGAAGGGAGCGCCUGCGACAACUGGCUCUCGAAACAAUUGAUCUAAACAAAGAUCCUUAUUUUAUGAAAAACCACUUAGGCUCUUACGAGUGUAAAUUAUGUUUGACACUUCACAAUAAUGAAGGCAGUUAUCUUGCUCACACUCAAGGAAAAAAGCAUCAAGCCAAUUUAGCUAGACGGGCUGCCAAAGAAGCUAAGGAAGCUCCUGUAACUCUUGCACCCGAAAAACCAAAAGUAGAACCUAAAAAGUUUGUUAAAAUUGGUAGGCCAGGUUACAGAGUAACUAAACAAAGGGAUCCUGAAUCUGGUCAACAGAGUUUACUAUUUCAAGUAGACUAUCCAGAAGUAGCUGAUAAUGUUACUCCUCGACAUAGGUUUAUGUCUGCUUACGAACAGAGAGUUGAACCACCAGAUCGUAAAUGGCAGUAUCUACUGUUUGCAGCUGAACCUUAUGAAACCAUUGCAUUCAAGGUUCCAAGCCGAGAAGUUGAAAAGGGAGAUAAUAAAUUUUGGACUCAUUGGAACAAAGACACAAAACAAUUUUUUCUACAAUUUGCAUUCAAGAACGAAAAACCAGCUAUUGGAAAGGUUCCACCUCCUCCAGUGCCCCUAAUGCGACCAGGAUUAGGUCCAACAAUGAUGCCUGUUCCACCUCCCCCUCCACGACCACCAAUGUUUAACCCUGUUCCACCACCUCCGCCAAUGUUGGCUGCAGGAAUGUCUCUACCUCCGCCACCACCAACAAUGACAAAUUAACCCAUUACUUAAUAGCUAUAUUCUCAAGACAUAGAAUUAAUUUAUUUAAUUUGUAAUUUACAUAUAAAAAAAAAAUAAAAUACGAGGGUUCAAGCAGAACAAAAAAAA